UAAACUGCUAAAAUGGGCUCCACACACAGUGGCUGUAGACAUCUGGAGUCUUGAACUCAGUAAUGACAAUGACUAUAUUUAUUUAAUCGUUUUUGAUUUGUGUCUAUUUUUAAAUAAUGGGAUUUUAAAAUAGAGUACACUAGGCCAUUUACAUUUAGGAAUACGCAUUGAGGAUGAAUCAAAAUAACAAUACUACAGACAAUGACGAUUCUAACUUAGAAAGUAAACCAAGUGAGUUUGCGCACUUAUUCAAAGUACUUAUAAUAGGUCCAGAAAAUGUUGGCAAGACAAGCUUUCUUCGAAGAUAUGUCGAUGACUGUUUUAGUGAGAGCUACAUAUCCACUAUUGGAGUCGACUUUUCUAUCGCCACUCUCCAAUCAGCAGACGAUCAAAAAAUCAAGCUACAAAUAUGGGACACUGCAGGCCAAGAGAGGUUCAGGACCGUCACAGACACUUACUUUCGCGGUGCUCAUGGAUUCCUAGUACUGUACAACGUUCUGGACAAGGAAACAUUUCAACAGCUUCCCUACUGGCUGGACAUGGUGGACAUAUUGGCCCCUUCAGGCAUUGCUUUAAUGAUAGUAGGCAACAAGGCUGAUGCCACAAACUCCACGAGAGAGGUCAGCAAAGAGGAGGUCAAGGCCUUUGCUGAGGCUAGGAAAAUUGUCUUCGAAGAGGCUAGCUCCAAGAAUAACUUAAAUGUUUCGGCCAUUUUUCAAAACCUGACCGAAAUGAUGCUACAGAAGAAACAUUCUAUCGGCGAAGGACACAUCAAUACAAACCAACAAAAAAGGGAGGCAGUCACGCCGAACUCCAAAAGGAAAGACCAAAUAAAGGACACAAAAGGUACUUUAGUUACAAAGCCAACGGAGCAUGCGCAAUUUUUCAAAGUUAUUAUCAUUGGUCCUGAAAAUGUGGGCAAGACUUGCUUCCUACAAAGAUUCGCCACUAAGAGUUUUACAGAAACUUAUUUAGCUACUAUUGGGGUUGACUUUUCCGUCAGUACUAUCCAAUCAGCGGACGGCCAGCCAAUAAAAUUGCAAAUCUGGGACACUGCAGGCCAAGAGCGGUUCAGGACCAUUACCAACUCCUACUUUCGUGGCGCCCAUGGUAUCAUUGUAAUGUAUGACGUCCAGAACAAGGACACGUUCCAACAGCUUCCCUACUGGCUGGACACGGUGGAGAGAUUUGCUUCUUCGGAAAGAAGUUUGAUAAUCGUGGGCCACAAGGCUGAUGCGGAGAACUCUAAGCGACAGGUUAGCCUUGAGGAGGCCAAAACAUUUGCUGAGGUCAAGGGCAUUUUCUUUGAAGAAGCCAGCUCCAAAAAUGACUUAAACGUAUCGCCCAUUUUUCAUAAAUUGACAGAAAUGAUGUUGCAAAAGAAUCAACCCAUUUUACCUGUCGAUAAAAAACACAUUAACACUAGACAGGGUAAAGAGGAGUCUAUCAAGCUAAGCACAAAGAACGAUCAAGAGAAAAAGAAAAAGAAAUGUCAAAUUUAGUGUUUUUAUUUCAAUGUCUAGCUCAAUCGAAUAAAUGUUUACUCUUAAAUGAA